GUCUCCUCCCACCGUCGGCGCCUGGCGGUCCAGUGUCGGCCACGCUUCGUCCGUCGGCGGGGCAGCUAUGGCAGCAGCAGGCAGGUCGGCGCGGGCGGCGGGGCGCUGCUUCAGCCCCCUGCUCCAGUUUGGCCACCAUCACUUGCGCUACGACAGAGGCUUGUCCUUUGCCUUCAGCACUGCUGCACAGCAGAGGAGCACAGGCGAUGACUGUGGUCCAGAAGACCCUCCUGAUGAGCCUAGACAUCUCCUGAACGAGAACAGUUUAGAGCUCAAAGCCACCAAAUUGGAAGAACAAGUCCGUGUCUUAACAGAACGGUACCAAAGAGCACUGACAGAUUCUGAAAAUGUUAGGCGGAGGACGCAGAAGUUUGUCGAGGAUGCUAAGAUAUUUGGCAUCCAGAGUUUCUGCAGAGACCUGGUAGAAGUGGCAGAUAUCUUGGAGAAGACCACCGAGAGUACCACAGGGGGAGAACACGAUGACCCAACUCUGACUCUCAAGAAGAUAUGCGAAGGCUUAUCUCUCAUAGAGUCCAAACUGCAAAGCAUAUUUGUGAAGCAUGGCCUGCAGAAAAUGAACCCCAUUGGUGGCAAAUAUGACCCCUACGAUCAUGAAAUAGUCUGUCAUGUGCCAGCAGAGGAAAUGCAGCCAGGCACUGUGGCAUUAGUGACUCUGGAUGGUUAUAAACUUCACGGCCGCACUAUUAGACAUGCGCAUGUAGGUGUGGCAGUAGAAUCACACGAAUGAGGUGGACACGUUUUAUAAAUACUUGAGACCUGAAUGGACUGAUUUCUCUGUCCACAUGACUGUUGCUGCUAUAGCAUGGAUUUUUAUUUAUUAAGCCAAAUUUGUUACCUGCUGGCCUCUCAGGAUGGGUUGCAAUGGCCUGAUCUUCACUUCCAAGACAUACAGCUAAUUUAAUAUUACUUGUUUUGUGUCAUAAAUGGUGUUUGUUCCCCCCCCCCCAGCUGUUUCUCAGUCAGAGGUAGUGCUGUGACUUUUCUGGCUUUCCAUUAAAUUCUGUUGUGGGUUUUGAGGGGAAGGAGGACUCCUAAUAAUUCCUAAUAAGGGAAGGGCCGUAAUUCCAAGAAGGGAAGGGAAGUAGCUCAGUUGUAGACCAAUGUUGUAUGCAGAAGGUACCAUUUUGGUCCCUGGCAUCUCAAGGCAAUAUUCAAAAUACUGAAACCAGUCAGGGUAGACAAAGGGGUAGUCCUCCAGGAUGCUGUGGAAUACAGCUCCCAUCAGCCCCAGACAGCAUGAGUAAUGAUCAGGGGUGAUGGGAGCUGUAGUCCAGAAGGUUGACUACCCAUGGUGUAGAUAAUACUGACCAGUGGUCUAACUUGGUAUAAGUGAUUAAAUUAGAACUUUCUGUGUUCUUACAAAUGCACUCUGCUUUCCUUGAAUUUUGGUUCAGCUGCUGCAACCUCUGCUUUUCUAUAUGUAAAGUGGGAAUAAUAUACCUGCCUACCUCCCAGAAAUGCUACAAUUAUUUAUCAGCUGUAAAGCAUUUUGAAAACAAGUGAUGAGUAGUGUGAAGGGGCUUUGAUACCCAGCAGAAGUGUGUCUGGAGGUGUUAAUUUGUAAAUUCUUUCUGCAGUUGGAGAUCUUCCUCAGGUUACUUGGCUAUUUCAACCCUGUGAAAUCUCCACUGUGGUAUGGAUGAGUCCUUUCUCAUUGCCAUUUAAAAUACUGGACAAAAUGGGCCAGUAGCUCAACAGUUUAAGGAAACAAAAUAGACUUUUUGUGAAGAUUCAGGUUUAUUGGCCAUAAAUUCCCCCUCAAAUUAUGUACCCCAGUUUUCAAGCACAAUUUGCUAUGUUAUCGAUGCUGGAAGAGAUGGAAUGGUCUUGUACUCCAAAAGGGAAGUAUAGUCUUUCGAGUUUGAGCUCACAAGUAAUUGCUAUGCAGAUGGCACUGUGAAAAAUCUGGAUUCGGAGACUACUAGAUUAGACAUCAAAAUAUAUGAUUUGUUUUUUAUUUAGUAUUUUUUUAAAAAAAGAGAGUGUCUAUGCAAAGUGUACUUCAGCUAAUUUCAGUAAAAAUAGCAAGAAAAUUAUCAGAUCAGAGUUUCAGCCGAAGUUUUAAGGGGACUUCCAGCUAGAGAAUAAAUUGGUAUCAUUCUGUAAACAAGUGGAUGCUUGAUUCUGAUCAGUUUUUGUGUGACAGGUAAGCUAAACAUGCAAGCGUGAAAAAUCCUAACUCUAUUUGAGAGACGAUUGAGGUAACCCAACAUGUUGGCUUCAUUCUGAACCCUAGGUGAAAGUUCAAAGAAAUGAAUCUUUGUGAGGGUGGCCUUAUUUUUGACUCACACCCACUUCCUUUUUCAGAGGAGUUUUGUCCUGUCUUGCUAUCUUGUCUAAGUUUGGUUAGAAUUAAUCAGCUGAAAGUUCCAGAUGCUGCUGGCUCCCAUGUUAUUUGUAUUAGCUUUGUCUGUACUGUCAAGAGAGAGAUCUCUUGACUCUGAAAUUAUAAAAAUGAUUCAAGUUGGUAUUUAUUUCCAGGAUUUCCUUCCUACCAUAUACAUUCUUGUGUUAGUUAGUCAGAAAGAAGUGGUGUUUCAUGUGAGCAUAUUCAGCAGUGGGCUUUGGGCUCUCAGAUUUCAGCGGCAACGCUAAAAUUCAGUGCCCCCUCCCACUACUUGUGCUUGAUUCUACAGCAUUGUUGUGGUGCCCCCUGCAGGGCGGCACCCAAUGUGGCCAAACCAGGCACGCUACCCUAAAACCACCUCUGGCAUAUUCUCAGGCAGAUGUACAUGAACUGAAUUAAUCCACAAAGGGUUAUCUGCAUCACCAAUUUGGGGGGGGGCAACUUUGGGCUAUAAGUGAAUGAUCCUUAGAGCAAUAUAAGAGAUUGUUAGAGCACAUUUCUAAUUUAAAAUAGAUUUGUAUUUUUUUUCCCCAAGGCAAAAGAACAAAAUAUUUUUCCAGCACAGUCAUGCAUGUUUGCUCAGAAGUUCCAUAGGAAAUAAGAUUUAAAUUGCAUCUUGAACUGCAGUCCUGUGAACUGAGCAAGACCCGCUGAGUACAGUGGGCUUGUUUCCAAGAAAACACAACAGAUUACAGUGUUUGUCUUCCAGUUGUUGACUUGCUCAAAAAAGCGGCGAGCUAUUUAUGUGUACAAUACAAAUCCAUACAGUUGAAUGCUGCAUUUAUUAAACCAAAAGUUUUUGCUUUUGCUGGGUAAGGAAGACAAAUCAAGAUGUUCAGAACAUAACAAUGUAUUGAAAUCACUCUGCACCAUAUUCUUACAAAUAAAAGUUACCUUUACAAGACUGAAA